AUGAAAGAAGAAACCCGAGUCUUCCAGGUGACUGAAGAUGAAAAAGUUUCCACAGUGAAAGAGCUCGUCUCGGAACGUCUCAACAUCCCAGCCAAUCAGCAGCGGUUGCUUUAUAAAGGCAAAGCGCUUGCAGAUGAACACAAACUAAGUGACUACUCCAUUGGGCCAGAAGCCAAAUUAAACCUGGUCAUCCGUCCAGCGGGCGAAAGGACCGGGGCUUCAGGGACGACGGCCACGUGCAGCAGCAACGGCAGCAUAACACAAGCGGGAGUGUGGCAGACUGUGUCCACUAUCCUCGCAAAACACUUCAGUCCCGCAGAUGCUGCCAAAGUCCAUGAACAGCUGAUUAAGGAUUACGAGCGUUCACUCCGACAACUUAGUCUGGACGACAUUGAGCGCUUGGCCGGCAGACUGCUUCACCCGGAAGUGGACGACAUGGACACGACGUCGUACAUGGACUGAGGGACAGCCGUGCCAGAAGCUGUCUGCUGUGAAUGCUUGGACAUGCUUAAAAUGUGAUGGAGAAAGCGCGGUGUGCCUAAUCGGUGUGUGAGUGAGCUUUGGAUAUAGCUUGUUACUUCUGUUACAAGCACCGGCGUGUCCGCAGAGAGUUGGUCUGUGUCAUUAACACUGCAGUAAUGUCACGGGGCCUCAUCACACAAUAUUUGAAUACAAAGGAAUCAUUCAUGCUGUGGGUCUCAUGUUUUACAGCUCCCAGGGAAUACAACUUUGAGGAUAUUUAUUUUUAAUGUUUGGGUGAUGCGUGUUGUUCUGAGACAAGGCAGUACAUUUCCUCUUUGUUGAUAACUAAUGAUCAUUGUAUGCAUUGUAAAUAUUGUGUUUAUAUUCAGAUAUUAAAAGCCAGACAACUUA